UCACGUGGCCGUGCGUCACGGCGCCCAUGGCUGCGCAGCUGACGCUGAGCACAUAAACAUUUAACACGUUCACGAAAGCGGCUCACAAAACGAAGACCGGCUAUGAGGUGCUCUUAUUAGCAUCGCCGGUGGACCGAGCAGUCUGAGGCCUGACCGCGGAGUGUGCCGUCAUGCACCCGUUUGGCCGUGAGGAGGAGAGCUCCAGGCAGGACCUCUUCAGCUUCUUCACGCAGUGUUUACAGCAUGGGGAGUGGGAGCUGGCGGCUGCGUGCGUCCAGCAGCUCGGCCAGGCUGCUGGAACCGUCCCGCAGAACCCUAAUGACAUCAUCAAAGCCAUCAUCACACACCCUUACCCACUCAUGUGGGAAACAGUGGGCAGCCCUCACAGACUGGCCUGGUUCUGGCUGCAGGUCCUGGAGAGACGCUCAAAAGACAAGGUGUCUGUAUCAGUGAGGAGGGAACUGGUCUUUCUGCUGCUGUUAGAAGAUCUUGGGGAGGAGGUUCCUCUGACUGUGCUGAAGGAGCUGCAUCAGGCCUUCCUGGAGUCUGAGUUUGAUCAGAAGGACCCCUGUCCAGCUGCACCCCGGCUGAGUGAUGCUGCUCUGUCCUGUAUCGGCUCCCUGCUGGCCCGGGGCAGGCCGCGGCUGGCCCACGCUCUGCUGGGCUUCCUGCGGGGUCGUGGGCUGGAGGACAUUUUCCUGCAGCAGCUUCUGAAGCAUGUGAAGGCGGAGCAGAGCAGUGAAGGAUGGGCGGAGGAGGUGUGUGCAAUGCUGGCUCUGUUGCCCUGUGGAGCUGGUGGCUCCGGAGCCCAGUUGGAGCCCCUGUGGGAGGGGCUAUGGGGGGCCCGUGAGGGUCCACUGAGCGAGCAGAGGGUGCUGGGGUGCCUCCUACGGCCACACAGCCAAACACUGCUCAUGCUUUACUGCUCCACAUCGCUGCGACUGCUCCGGGACAGGCUGCUCCAAGAGACACCACACACACAAGCCAACUUGCCAGAAGCGGAGAGGCUCAUGCUUGGCCUGUGCACUCAAAGUGACCGGCCAGCAGUUUGGAAAGCCAUGUACUUUGAGUGUCUGAGCAGUGGAAAGCACUUUCUGGAGCAGGUGCUGGUAACUGGGCUUGACCUCAUCAAGAGGGAGGAGUUUUCUAUGCUGGAGGCAUUACUGAAGGCGGAGUUUCAGCCACUGUCCCGCCUCUUGCUCUUGCUGGGUUGGAAGCACUGCCAGAGCCUCGACUCCGCCCAGAUGCUCCUCAGCACUCUGCACAAACAGCAGGCCCAGGCUAAUGAUGCGGUACUUAGCGAGUUUGCUAAUAUCCUCUCUUCUCAGUUAGGGGUGCUGGAGUGGUGUGUCCAAAACAACCCAGGGGUAUCCCAUGAGGCCUUGCUGUCUCAGUUGCACGCUCUGGAUCACCACUCUGCUCUCUACGUGCUGCACUCUCUCACUCCUUUGGCCAAGUAUGAAGAGCGGAGAGUGUUGGAGCUGCUGCAAGCGGCAGGAGACCCUUCACUGGGGGACAUUCAAAACAGCUCUGUACAGCGGAACGUCACCCUCUUCAGAGGUUUCUGUGCCAUGAAGUACGCCGUCUAUGCCGUGUGUGUGAACGCACACUCGCACGCCAGCUGCUCAGACUGCGGUUCACAGCAGAAGGAACAAGCUCAGGAGGCCCAGGCAGCUGAAGGACACUCCUCACUGUUCCAGCAUUGUCUUUCGGAGUGCCAACUCUACCUGGAAGCAGUUCCUGCAGUGUUCCGUUUGGAGCUCAUGGAGAACAUCUAUUCUCUCCUCUUUCUGUCUGACACCGACUUCAGUCACCACCCAGAGCCGUGUGGUACCAGCACAAUGACGCAAAACAGUGCCUUUGCAGUGACUGAGCAACAGAUCACCAGCAAUGAGAAGCUCAAGGAGGACAGCAGUGCAAAAGCAGAAAAGGAGGACGGGUCAGCGGGGCUGCAGGAUCAGGGGAAAAGUGAUGGGGAGCCAGAAACAAAGAAUGCGCUCCCUGAGCUGAGCCACCUGAUUUCUGGGUGCCGGGGCUUUUUGCUGGACGUGUGCGGGAUGGAGGGCAUCCUGCGCCUCCUGAGGGAGGGGUUGGAGGGGGUGUGUGCGCUCGGGCAGGUGGACGGCAGAGCGCUGGGCGCUGAGGCAGAGCUGGCGGAGAGCCUCGGCUGCUCUGUUACCGUGGAUACGUUCAGCGGCCGCUUACAGCGGCUGUCCAAACGAACAGCCGAAGCGAGUUGGAGACUGCAGAUCAUCACCAGUAACCAGGGCAACGGCAUGGGUGGGUUGGCUCUGCCGUCCCCGCGAGUGCGUUCGGCUCUGUCCCUGAGACGCAGCAACAGCAGUGAGGUUUCUAGUAUUAGGAGGAAGAAGCGACGCCAUCAUCAUCGCUCCGAACGACAUAUCUCUUCUGAACGACAGAAUGGAGAGGUCAGCACCAGCACUUCAGAUGGCGGCAGUGCUGUGGUGGCGUCUUUGGAGCAGGAAGUGUGUGGGUGUGGAAGCCCACACAGCUGGCUGGUCCCCGCCAUGCUCUCCCCACCUGAGUCUCUCCUCAUUUCUUGUAUCCGCAAGGGCAACUACAUGGAGGCCCGCCAGGUGAUGCUGAUGUUUGGGCUGGAGAACGCUUCGUGUUCUGGGGAGCUUUUCUUCAUGGAGCGAUACUGCGAGGUUCUGGCUGAGCUGGCUCAAGUGGAGCAGAAGAUUGAGAGUCAGUCACUUUCUUCAUCUUCAUCAUCUUCAGAGGCGCUGGGGUCAGUGGGGGUCACGGGGCCUGGGCGGAGCCGACUGGGCAGCAGCAGCAGAUCCACCCUGCAGAGCAUCGGCAACGCAGCCGCAGCAGGCAUGGCGUUUUACUCCAUCUCUGAUGUGGCUGACCGGCUGCUCAGCACGGCCGCUCGCCCGUUGCCCUGUCUUGAGGAGAGUUACUGGGUCUCUCGCCCUCUCUCUGACUCCUCCGAUCAUUUGCUCCCCCUGCUGGAGGAGCUGAGUCCCGCAGGCAUGGCCGCCUUUGACCUGGCCUGCUGCCAGUGCCAGCUGUGGAAGACCUCACGGCAACUGCUGGAGACGGCCGAGAGGAGACUGCAUGCCUCACUGGAGCACAGAGGUGUGAGAGUGGAUCCCAAGCUUCUUCACUGUGAAGGAAUCCGUGGCUUUCCUUCUGUUCUGCAGCAGCUGAGCAAGAUCCUCAGCAGGACGUCAGUUGGAAAAGGUCCUCCUAAAUCAGACUGUAAUGGAGAGGAUGCUCUGGUUUUGACCCCAUUUGGCUGCAGUGCUCAGGAGGUGCUGCUGUGUUGUUAUCCAUCUCUCACGGAGGAAGGCAUUGCUGCCCAGCUCAUGCAUGUCCAGCGCCUGGAGGUCACUCUUCAGACCCUGACCUCUGCCACGGAACUUGCUGGUGAAAAUCUGUCUAGUAGCCAUGUGCUGGCAUCUCUGCUGGAGCAGGUGGGGCUGAGGCCAUCAGAGCUCGACUCUCACCCCGUACGCUCAGCCAUGAAACAGCUACUGCGCUCGCUGGACCAGCUGUGCCCGUUCGAACUGGACAGUGCCACCUGCAGGCCAGACUACAUGCGCAGCUUCCUGGACUACAUCAACAUGCUGGCAUCUGUGCUGGUCCGCAGCCUGGGCUCUGAAGAUCAGACUUUGGAGGUGAAGCUAGGAAAUCCUCUCCUCGUUCUGCUGCAGUCCCCCAACCAGCUGCUGUCACACCUGCUCUUCGACAGGCAGGUUCCACCUGACAGGGUGUUGUCUCUGCUGCGUCAGGAAGGCCUCCGUGUGAGUGUCCAGCAGGUCAUAGUGCAGCGCUGCUGUGAACCUCUCCCUCUGUUGGAUCCUCACGCCCCGAAGGUCACUGGUGUCACCGGAGGUGCCUUCUGUCCAGCCAGCAUCUCCUCUCUAAUCCAACAGCAUGCACAGGACCGUGCACCGGCCCUUCUCAACCUCUCUGACCUCUCUGAACCUGCCCUGGCCUCUGAGCCCAGCUCUGAAUCUGAUGUUUCUGUGGAAACCAACCCUUCUACCUCCCCUCCCUCCCCAUCUUCAUCUUCAUCUUCAUUGUCAGGCUUUCUCCUCACUCCGUCGGCUCUGUCCUUCCUGAAGUCUCGGUCUCCGCUCGUGGCCACCCUGGCGUGCCUAAGUGCCAGCCGGAGCGGUGAGGUGGCUCGGGCCGGUCACUCUUCAGGAUGGCCUGGGCUGCCCUCGUAUUUCCGGAGUGCAGGGCGCAAAGAGGUGCCGCUGGACACAGAGCAGAUCUCCAAAGAGGCUGAGGCGCUAUUACGAGAGUUCCCCUUGCUCAGGGCUUUCCUGCGGGAUGCGGCCCAGCCAGUGCUCGGCUCGGUGGGAGGCUCAGAAGGACUGGGGGCGGCUUUGUGCGGGAAAUCCACAGUAGGGAUGCUGUUUUGUGGGCCGCAGGGCGGGAUGGGGCAGGCGUUGGCAGCCGAAGCUUUCCAGCAGGCUCUGAAUGGUGGAGAACUGGACCGAGCACUGGCCUUAUUGGAACUGUAUGUGCAGAGCGGCCAACAGGAGGCACUAAAGGACCGAUUGCUUGCAUUCUCCGCACUUGAAGGAGACCAUGGAACGGAGCAGUUGUUUCGAGUGAAGGACUGGCAGCUUCGUGGGCGUGUGAGUCUGCAGGGUUUGGAGCGCUGGCCUUUGCACAGCUGCCUGGAGCUGCUGCAGUACUGCCUUAGUGAUUCCAGUCCGGAAGAGCCGCUGACACUGCAGCUCCGACAGAAAAAACACGAGCUCGACAUGUACCAUAAGAUGCUGAACUUGCAGCCGCCGUUGGAAUGGCGAACGUGGCAGGAGUUAAAGGAGGAGUCCAGGAAGAAUCCUGAGUCCAUGCUGUCCCUCCUUCUGCAGACGCAGGAGUUUGCGCUGUGUGCUCAGUGGGUGGAGCUGUAUUAUGUCUCAGAGCAGUCUAAGCUGCAGCUUCAGACUGAACACCUGCUUCACCUGCUGGAGAAGGGCUGCACAGAGGAGGCCUUCCAGCUCCUGGAGAGCCUCUCUGAAUCACUGGCUCUGGAGGUCAGCGAGCGCGCUCUGGAUCGGAGGCCUGGAUUGGCUGCCUGCCACUUUCUGUCUGAUUACCUCACACUGCACUUUCAGAGCCAGAUGACCCCGGCACGAAGACGCCACAUACACGCCCUGCACCUGGGCUCUAAGGUGCUGCUGACGCUUCCGGAAGCUUCUCGGCAGGACUAUUUCCAGCUACUGGCGGAUCCUCUGCUCAUGCUGGAGCAGCUGCUGAUGAACCUGAAGGUAGACUGGGCCUCCACUGCCGUCUCCACCCUCCACAACCUUCUACCAGCGCAGGAGGCCGGCAUCACCAACCAGCACAUCGACGCACUGCUGGCUGAGUAUGGCUGCAAAGCCCUCGACUUCCCCUACGCCCCCCGAGAGAGGUCACGCAGUGACUCGGUGAUCAGUCUGCAGGACUUUUCUCUGCAGUGUCCAGCUCAGGAUAGCUCUCAGUCCUCCCCCAGCCACACGCCACCUCCCUCUGCAGGAGGUACUCCUAUCCACACCCCGUCUAGCUCUGCCCAUGAUCGGGAGAGAGGCUCCACAGGGAGAAGGUCCCGCUCCUCUGCGACCCUCUUCUCGCCUCCGGAGAAAACGCCAGAGCGCAAAGACUGGAUACCUGACCACAAGAAGCAUAUCUGCAUGGUCUGCCAGAGAGAGCGGUUCACUAUGUUUAACCGGCGACACCACUGCAGGCGCUGUGGAAGACUGGUGUGUCAGGCGUGCUCCAGCCGGAAGAUGGUGGUCGAGGGCCAUGAGGAGCCUGUAAGAGUGUGUGACCAGUGCUACAACUUCUUCCACCAAGACUCAGAUGAAGAGUUGGAGCAGGCAGAAGUAGCUGGCAGUCCCCUGUCUUCUGAUGGGGUUCUGGACGGUGUCCUCAGUCUUCCUGAGAUUCCUCAGAAGCAGUACAGGCUCAGCCCAAACCCUGCUGAGAACCAGCAGAUACGCAGCGAGUUCUACUAUGAACAGGCUCCCAGCGCUUCCUUGUGUGUGGCCAUCCUCACCCUUCACAGUGACCAUGCCGCCUGUGGCCACCAGCUAAUCGAUCAUUGCCGCUCAAUCUCUCGUAAACUGACCAAUCCUGAGGUGGACGCACGCCUCCUGACGGACGUGAUGCAACAGCUGAUGUUCAGCGCUAAGCUGAUGUUCGUUAGAGCCGGACGCAGUCAGGACCUGGCCCUCUGCGACAGCUACAUCAGUAAGGUGGACAUACUGAAGAUCUUGGUCAGCGCCAACUAUAAAUACAUCCCAUCACUGGACGACAUUCUGGAGACAGCGGCCGUAACUCGACUGAGGAACCAGCUGCUGGAAGCUGAGUACUAUCAGCUAGCUGUGGAGGUGUCCACUAAAAGUGGCCUGGACCCAAGUGGUGUGUGGCAUGCGUGGGGAAUGGCAUGUCUGAAGGCCGGCUGUCUGACCGGCGCUCGGGAGAAGUUCUUUCGCUGUCUGAAAGCUCCUGUGGACAGAAACCAGCUGACCCUGGGCCCCAGGCUGCUGCAGGAGAUCGUCCAGCACCUGGAGUCCACCGUCCGUCCUACACUCAGCCUGUCAGUGGAUGAGGAUAUCCUGGCGUCUCUGGCGGAGUUGGAGGAGGCUCUGCGUGAGCUGGCUCCUGUGGAUCGAAUGGAGGUGCGGGCACAGCACUGCGGUCACUAUCAGGAGUGCCUGUAUUACCUGCUGACCUACGGCACUCAUCUUAGCCUCAUCAGCUUCUACCUGCGCCACGACUGCCUCAAGGAGGCUCUAACACACCUGCUCAGCAAGGAGUGUCCAGAGGACGUGUUUUUAGAGGGUGUAUUGCAGCCCUGUUUGGAGCGGGGACGCUUGGGGGUUCUACAGGCACAGCUGGAGACUCUGGACUCCACAUUAGAGAGCUGGGGGCGAUACCUCAUAUCAGCCUGCCAGCUCCUCCAGCGCAAAGGCCAUUACCACACGCUCUACCAGCUCCAGCAGUUUAUGAUGGAUCAUGUUCGGGCUGCUAUGACGUGUAUUAGGUUCUUCACGCACGGCGCUCACUCCUACCUGCAGCUGGGUGAGCAGCAGCGCUGGCUAGUUCGAGCCAAAGAGCACCUGAGGACGUACCUGCAGGAGCAGCAGAACCGCAGGAGACACUCUUCCUCCACCACCUUUAGGAAGAAGAUGAGUUCCAGUGACGUCUCCAGACACAUGAACACCAUUGAGCUGCAGCUGGAAGUGACUCGUUUCCUGCAUCGCUGUGAAGGGUCGUCUCCUUCCAAAUCCGCUAUAGCCCCCGCCCCCUCUGGGAACAGUGCCCCGCCCACCCUCUUUGGGGGCAGCGCCACGAAGGUGGACGUGGCCUGCAAGGUGAUGCUCGGGGGCAAGAACAUUGAGGAGGGAUUUGGCAUUGCUUAUCGGGUCAUACAGGAUUUCCAGUUGGAGGCGCUAGCGGUGUAUGUGCGAGUUGGUCAGCGGUUGGUGAGGCAGCGGCAGUACCAGGCAGUCCGGCAGCUGCUGAAGUGUGUGGGAGAGUCAGGCACGGCCACUAAAGGCGACUGUGACACCAUUGUCCUCAGCUGUGUAUCAGUCGCAGAGAGAAGCCCAUCUGAUGCCAAAGAGUUGGAGUCUUUGAUUUUAGAGUGUAAGACACCAGAGAAUAAGAUAAAGGCAUAUCUGCAGUGCAGUAAGCUGAGGGCGGCGUACCUACUGGCCGUGAAGCUGGACGUGGCCAAAGCAGGGCCGCUGGUGCAGGACGUCCUUCAGGCUGCCGAAAGCUCUGGAGACUCUGUCAUGCAGGAUAUCUGCCGUCAGUGGCUCUCUGAACACCAGGCUUCACGGCAACGUCACAGCAACAACAGGUAGCCAAAGGCAACGACUGCCAAUAGACUCAAACUCGCACAAGCCCACUGGAGUUCAGAGCUUUCCUCUGAUUUGGUUGGUGUGGGUUUGUAUAGAUGCUGCUUGUUUAUUUCACUCAAAGUGAAUCACCACUGUGCCAUCUCUGUCACACGAUCGGGUCACAUGACUUUAGGGCCAAAUCCAUGGCCAGGCUUUCCAUCACAAGCACUUCUGAUUGUACAAAAUGGGACUCAGCACGUCGCUGAUUCAGCAAUUACUACGUUACUCAAACCAGUCUUGCAGAACUUUGAGAGCAGGUGGCCUCUGCAGGUGCUAGACAAACAGAUCACUAUCACAGCAAAAGUGGCAUCAUUUACACAUAAAUUUCAACCAAGAGCAAAUUUGCUUGGCUAAUGCUCAUUUCAAAUCCAUAUGCAACAGGUAAACAAGCUUUUGAGGGCAAAAUUUGGACUGGUAUUACAUUCAGUCCUGAAAUAAACAGUGCUGAAGAAUCCCCAUUCAAACUGCUGGUCUAAGACUAGACUAGGAAUAUCCAAUAUCUAGGUUGUAUUAUACCACUGACGACCACAGAUAGUCAUUUAGAGACAUACUUAAAAAAUAAAACGGAAUAACUAACGUUAUAGAAGCCAACGAGUGCGUUUCCAUGCACUUAAUAAUCCGAUAACUGCAGAAAAUCCAAUUUUGUCAGUAAUCUGACCAACAUGUUUAAAUGCACUUGAGUCAGAUAAUAGGGGAACUCCAGGUCUACAUGACAGACUUCAUAAACUCACAGAAGACGUGAUGUAAACUUCAUGCUGUGGCUUUUUUAUAUACAUUGCGCCACUUUACCUGAAAAUACGUACAUACGU